AUGUCACUGAAGAAAGCCAAGCUCCAGGGACCACCAGAUAAGUUCAACACCUAUGUGACGCUGAAGGUGCAGAAUGUCAAAAGCACGACCAUCACCGUGCGUGGCGAUCAGCCCUGCUGGGAGCAGGAUUUCAUGUUUGAAAUCAACCGGCUGGAUCUCGGCCUCAUCGUCGAGGUUUGGAACAAAGGCCUUAUCUGGGACACCAUGGUGGGAACCACCUGGAUUCCUCUGAAGAGUAUCCAUCAGUCAGAAGAGGAGGGUUCAGGUGAGUGGCUUUACCUGGAUGCAGAGGUCCUCAUGAAAGCAGACGAGAUCUAUGGUACCAAGAACCCAACGCCUCAUCGCCUCCUACUGGACACUCGCUUCGAACUGCCUUUCGACAUCCCAGAUGAUGAGGCGCAGUAUUGGACCGGGAAGCUGGAACGUAUCAACACCAUGGGGAUCCAUGAUGAGUACCCUCUUCAGGAUGAUGUUCAGAGUCGCCCACUCCCAUUUGCAGCCUCCCAGUGCUGCAACUAUUUCGGAUGGGCUGACCCACUGACUUUGGAUGACCAUGACAGUGCUGUGGAUGACCGGGACAGCGACUACCGCAGCGAGACCAGCAACAGUUUGCCUCCGCGCUACCACACGACAGCGCAACCCAACUCGUCCAUGCACCAGUACCCCAUGGGGCCCCGGCCGCAGCACCACACCGACUGCUGCACGGACUCCAUCCACAGCUUCGACCUGGACUACAGAGACCACAGAGGGAGCAGUCCAGUGGAAAGUAGUCGCUUUGGCUCAUCAGGAAACCUGAGCCAGAUCAGCUCCCAGCUUAGUGAGACUGGCCAGAGCACCGGAGGCUCCGAACUGGAGGAGUCCUUCCACUCCUACCACAGUACCGGCUUUCACCCCUCCACAAAUGGGCUGCCGCGUACAAAUGGACAUCCUUCCACCAACGGGCACUCAACGGUCAGCGAGCAGGAGAUUCGUCGGAUGUCCCCUGAAGUUGGCAGAACCUUGAAAAUUGACCCUCCAGCAGAGAAAGGAUCUUCUAAACACCAAAGAUUCCAUGAUGAUGGCCCGCCGCUGCCCUUUACCCCUUCGAGACUUCGCUGGUUGAAAGCCAUUAAUAAAGUCAGGCUUCAGCUGCGUGAGGAAUAG